AUCCACUCGACCCCAAACCCAGAAGCACUCCCCCCUUUGAGACUCUAUCCCACAUUCAUUCAUUCACAAUGCAGUUCUCCGUCAAAACCGCUUUCAUCGCUCUUGCCGUCUUCUUGCCCUUGGCCUCCGCUGCUGCCCUCACAGAGAAGCGCUGGGGUACGGCUGAGUGCAAGCCCCUCCUUCAAUCUUGCUCCGUCGACAGCGAGUGCUGUGCUGACCUUUGCGUCGCUGGUCUGUGUGCCUAAGAGACUUCCACUCCUUAUAUACCCUGGAGAUACGAGUUCUCUUCUCCAGCCGUGCUGUCGUGUUGCUAUUACGUGGGGAUAACUACUUCGGGUUUGUGGGUGCAUGUUGGGGAAUUUAUACGAGUAAACCUAUUGGAAAUAUACUUCUUCG